UGGGGAAGGAUCGUGUCACGUGACCGGGCGGAAGGUCCGGGGCUCGCUCUGUCUGAGUCUGUGGCCGCUUUGAAGGUGCUGCAUGAGGGGAGGCUGGACUAGGAGGGGGGAAAGGACUUGCUAAGGCCCCGCGUGGCAGCGUUGGGUCGCUUUCGGCUGAAAGAGAGCAGGCCUGGCCGUGGACGGCUCUGCGCUGCUGAGAUUGGCCGAAAUCUGUUGCUUGCUGGACAUCGGCAUCGCUUAUUCCGCGCCGACUUUGGUGCUCCAAACUGGCCACAAGACAGCAUCUGAGUUGCUUUUGUUGUACGCUGUACAUCUUUGACUGCAUCUUCAGGACCUGUCUGCAUACUGCAUCUGGAAAUCGUUUGGUGCUUUGAAUGGCUAUUGCAUAGUAAUGUAUAGUCUGAUGGCCAAUUGCUGCAACUGGCUAAAGAAGUGGAGGGAACCUGUUAGGCAGGUGACAUUAAUCAUGGUGGGACUUGAUAAUGCUGGGAAAACGGCAACAGUGAAAGGAAUACAAGGAGAAUCUCCUGAGGAUGUGGCUCCAACAGUCGGCUUUUCUAAAAUUGACCUUAAACAAGGACGUUUUGAAGUCACCAUCUUUGACUUGGGAGGCGGAAAGCGAAUCCGGGGUAUUUGGAAGAAUUACUAUUCUGAAUCCUAUGGGGUGAUAUUUGUUGUGGAUUCCAGUGAUCUGGACAGAAUGGAAGAGACAAAAGAGACCAUGUCAGAAGUUCUAAAGCAUCCAAAGAUAUCAGGGAAACCUGUAUUAGUAUUAGCAAAUAAGCAGGACAAAGAAGGUGCGCUGGCCGAAGCCGAUGUCAUUGAGUGUUUGUCUCUUGAAAAGCUUGUCAACGAGCACAAAUGCCUGUGUCAGAUUGAGCCUUGUUCGGCUAUCAUGGGCAGCGGUAAAAAAAUUGACAAAUCCAUAAAGAAAGGUUUACUUUGGCUGUUACAUAUUAUAGCAAAAGAUUUUGAUGCCUUAAAUGAACGAAUCCAGAAAGACACUAUAGAGCAAAAAGCGGCUGAAGAACAAGAGAAACGAGAACGAGCUGAACGAGUGAGGAAGAUAAGAGAAGAAAGAGAACAGAAAGAGAGGGAAGAAGCUGAACGUGAAGGUAGAAGCAUUUCGGAUGAAACGGACUCCGAGAUAGUAACUGGCAACCCCUUCCAGCCUAUAUCAGCCGUAAUCACUGAGAAUGAAAAGAAAGUUGAAAAAGAGAAGAAGAGACAGAGAAAGGAGAAUGAAAAGGAUGCCAUUGCCUUGAAGCUGAAAACAGAUCAAGAGCAAAUGGAGACUGAAAGUAAGAACAGUCAGGAAUCAAAUGAUGAUAGACUAGUAGAAAGUUAUAAAGCUGCCCUAACACAACGAUUGGAACGUGAAGAUGAGAGUGACCAUCACCAGCCAGUCUCAGAAAGUCUUGAUUCUGGGGAUAACGCUGCAUUGAAUUCAGGAAUAGAAAAUACUAAAAAGAAGUCAAAGAAACCAAAAUUAAAAAGGAGUCACCGAGUAGAACCGGUCAAUACUGAAGACGCAGUUUCUUCAGAGCCUACACCAGUAGCACCUCUUGCACCAGUUGGCUGGGAAACCCCUAAAACUAACAGAAUUCGAAAACUUGAGCCUCUUGGUGAAACAUGUCAUAAUGAUUUCUAUGGGAAGCCCCUGCCUCCGCUGACAAUACGGCAAAGACCUAACAGUGAUUCCCACGAUGUGAUUUCUUAACUAGGAGUCAUGCAGCCAUUUUUUUUAAAAAAAACAUGCAGUGUGGAAAAGGAGCACCAGCAUUCAAUGUCGUUUUCUUACAUGAUGAGAAGCUCGCUAUUCUUAAAAGUUGCUGGGAAAGACACUAAGAGUGCCUUGGAGUUGCAGCGGAAAGAAUAGCAGUGAUGAAUUCAGCUGUCGUAUUUUGUUCUUGACUCACCAGAGAAAGUUUGUAUUAGGUAGAACUCUUGGAGGUUCCUGACUUUUCUUCUUUGUUGGGACAGAGAAAUGUGACUAUGAAGAAAACUGCUUUCCAAGACCAAAAUACAACUUUACUUUGCACAUACAAUGACUGUUUCUGCUUAAGCAUAGCGACCAGCGUUUCUACAUUUAAUAUUUCAGAGAUCUGAGGGGUUUUUUUUUUUGAAGACAUGUGCAUGUGCAAAUCAAAAGGUACGAACUAUACAUUUUAACUAUUUUUGUAUUUUUUCUAGUAUGUUUGGGUUAACAAAGCUAUUUUGAAAUACUGACGUUCGUCAUUAUAUUCACAAGCAGAACAUACUUGUGAUUCUCAUUUGGUUUUUUGCAAUAGCAAUACAGUUUGCCUAUGACUUGCUUCACAAGUUGCCCUCGCUGUUGCUCAGGAGGAACUGAAUGCUCGCAUGAGUGCCGCAGUUGUUUUUCCCCAGCUGAAAAACCUAUUCCAGGAACUGGCAGUACAUACAAUGAACCCAUGCCAGUCCACUGGGGUCACAUCAGCCAUAUUCUGGAGGUGAGUAGGAGGACUGAAUCCCUGCCCUUCCCUUGCAUUCUCCGGCUGAUGAUUAAGAAUCAUUCCAAAGAUUCUGGGAUAUUAUGCACACAGUCCAGUUCUCGAAGUGGGCUUUUUCCAUGGCAGUGGGUGUGGGGGGAGAUAAGCAUUGUACCCAUCCGUAGCAUGUGCAUUUCCUCUUGUAAAAUGUUGGCGAUUUGUGUCUUUCUCUCAUGUGAGACUAUAUGUCAAAUUAUGAUGGUUUUGUUUGUGGAAAAUGUUGUCAUCUUGAGAGUUUUCUGUCCAAAGGCCUAAAAUGGCAAACAACAAAAAAUUGGAAGCAAUAUAUACUUCAUUAUUUAAGUUAUGUGUGUUUUCCAUAACGCUGAACUGAUUUUCUUGCAGUUCUACUGUUAUAUUUCCUUGCCCAGAUUCAGAGGCUCUAGCAUAUGUGUGUGUAUUUAAAGUCACUUUUGUAUAAACUUCCGGGCAGAAAUGUGGCCUUGGCAUCAAAGCGAAUGAAAAUGCUUCUGCUCAUGUUGGGGCUGAAACAUGUACAUCAGAGAAAUUGUUCUUUGUUCUGUGUGCAUGGGUCUCAUUGAAGAAAUUAACUUCUGGAUCAUAAAUAAAAA